AUGGGGUCGCUGGGAAGGUGGGGAAGGGUGGGGAGGGUGGGGAGGAUGGGGAAAGGCGGGGGAGAGGGUGGGAAGGUUGGGGAGGGUGAGGAGGGGAAGGGUGGGGAGGGUGGGGAGGGUGGGGAGGGAGUGGAAUACCCUGGGCAGAAAAAAAAGAAGGGAGUCACAACAGCAGAGGACGUGGAUUUCUUUCUGCACCGCCGCUUCCCCUCCUGCAAGCUGGAAUACAUCGGCGGGCAGCCCGGGCAGGCGAAAGAAAAAGGCGAGGGAAUCGUGUGGCCCGUGUGCUCCGAUCACCUGCGGCCAAGAGGAGUCGUGUACUCGUUUGGAGUGGGCCCGAACCUCCUGUUUGAAGGCGAAAUGACCUUGCGGGGACAGCAGGUGUUUGUGUUCGACCCUUUCAUCAACGACACCGCCUUCGCCUCCAUGCUGCAACCCAUCAAGGGCCUCUCCCCCCGCCGCUCCCCCCAGUUCCGCCCCUUUGCCCUCGGGCCCCGGGAUGGGGUUGCCCUCUUCCACCCCAUACCCACUCCCUCCUCUUCCCCAUCCUCCUCCUCGUUCUCUGCAUCCUCUGCUGCUGCCUCUGCUGCUUCCUCCGCCUCAUCGGCUCAAGAGACGCGGGAAGCAGCAGUGCUGCGCCUGCGCACGUUCAUGUGCAUGCACUCCCACCGUUGGAUCGACAUCCUACGGCUGGAUAUCGCCGGGCUGGAGCUCGAUCUGUGCGAAAAUGCAGCCACCGCAGCAGUGGCGGCAGGAGUAGGGGGAUUAGGAGGGGGGGAUGCAUUCGGCACGAGUGUGGGAGAUUUGACGCAACAUGGCGCCGCGGCAUUGGCCGAGAAGACCCCCGUGGGGCCCACGCCAGGGAGUGUUCCGAUUGGCCAGGUGGCGGUGAGAUUCCAUGCUGAGCUGGCGGGGAGGGACGGGGCGAAGAGGCGGCAGAAAUGUGAGGAGACCUUUGCUGCUUGGGGACUGACGAGAGUGCAUGUGAUGGGGGAUGGGCGCACUGUGCUGUUUGCUCGCACCGAUGCUCCUGCUGCGUUGUAA